AAGUAGGGGUGAGUCCGGCCAGGAGUAGGGGAGCCACCCUCUGCCCAGAAGAGGAAGCAAAGUCCCUCAAUGGCUUCCCUGGGGUGUGUGUCUUCUUGGCCGCUGCUGCUGCUGCUACUGGCCGGCGCCCGGGGAUGGCAUGGGCAGGGCAGCCACCCUCACCUGCAAAGCCUCUUCAUGGGCCGCUGUGCACAGUACCUGGACCUUCUGAGCCCGGAGGAACGGAGGGACAAGAACUGCACGGCCAUCUGGGAAGCCUUUCAAGUGGUUUUCUACAAGGAUCCCUGUAAUGUGACUUUCUCCGACUACGAUCUUUUUAUUAAUCUCUCCAGGCACUCCAUUCCCAGAGACAAGGCACUGUAUUGGGAAAACAACCACCUCCUGGUCACUAGCUUUUCCGACAACACGCGUCGCUUUGUGCCUCUGUGUGACGUUCUGUAUGGCAGGGUUGGUGACUUCAUGAGCUGGUGUGGACACAAAAAUGGAUCGGGACUGGACUAUGAGUCCUGCCCUACAAUGCAAGACUGUGAAAACAACCCUGUGGAUUCUUACUGGAAAAGGGCUUCCAUGCAGUAUGCAGAGGACAGUUCUGGGGUGAUCUACGUUAUGCUGAAUGGCUCUGAACCAACAGGAGCCUAUCCCCUCAAAGGUUUUUUUGCAGACUAUGAAAUUCCCUACUUUAAGAAGGAGAAGAUCACUCGAUUUGAGAUUUGGGUUAUGCAUGAAAUUGGGGGACCCAUAGUGGAAUCCUGUGGCGAAGGGAGCGUGAACGUCCUGGAAAACAGACUGAAGGGAAUGGGCUUUCAGUACAGCUGCAUUAACGACUACGCACCAGUGAAGCUGCUCAAGUGCGUGGACCACAGCUCUCACCCAGACUGUGUCUUAAACUCGGCUGCAUCUUCAACCCAGAGACAGCUGCUGGCCCUCUCUGCAGGGCAAAGCGGAGGUCUCCUCCUUUCUCUCUUGCUGACUCUGGCUUCAGUGGCUCAGAUCUAACUGGAAGCUGGCGGCGCUGUCUCUCCAGCCUCGGCCCUGGAGCCCAGUGGAAGUCAAGCCAGGUUUACUUUCUGUCUUCAUAACGAUGCAAAGCCCGAGAUUCAAGUAGCUUGUGAUGUAAUCAAGUAUUGAAAAUUCUUGCAUACUUGUAUUAUAAACAAAUAAAAGGAAA